UGGCCCAAAUGGCACGACCACCACAGUGGCAAAUCGGCCAAACAUGUUCUCACGAACAGGGGCAGUCCUUUCUCUGACACGGUGUUUUCGCCACCACCAGCCGUCGAGGUCGCUCUCCCUGGUAUCCAGUUCUACGCUGACAGCACACCUUGCCACACGAUCCGAUCUCCGCCAGUGUCAGAGCAGAUUCCACCAGCAGAAGAGGCUAGUGAGCACCGCCACAACGGGAAGUAGCUUCAUCAAGAUGACCGGCGUCAAAAAGUACCAGAUCGUCGAACGGGGUGCCCCGAAUUCCACGGAUUACCGGGUGUUCUUCAAAACCGAAGAUGGCCAGUCGGUUUCGCCGCUGCACGACAUUCCCCUGUACGCCAACGAUGCCAAGACGGUGCUGAACAUGGUGGUGGAGGUUCCCCGCUGGACCAACGCCAAGAUGGAGAUCAGCCUGGGCGAGGGCCUCAACCCGAUCAAGCAGGACGUCAAGAAGGGCAAGCUGCGCUUCGUGGCCAACUGCUUCCCCCACCACGGGUACAUCUGGAACUACGGCGCCUUCCCGCAGACCUGAAACCCGGACCAUCUGGACCCGAACACCGGCUGCAAGGGCGACAACGAUCCCAUUGAUGUGCUGGAGAUUGGCUCGCGAGUGGCGAAGCGCGGGGACGUCGUGCAGGUCAAGGUGCUGGGGACGGUCGCGCUGAUCGACGAGGGUGAAACCGACUGGAAGGUGAUCUCGAUCGACGUGAACGACCCGGUGGCGGACCAGCUGAACGACAUCAACGACGUCGAGAAGGUGUUGGGCCUGCUGAAGGCCACCGUCGAGUGGUUCAAGAUCUACAAGAUCCCGGACGGCAAGCCGGAGAACCAGUUUGCGUUCAACGGUGAGGCGAAGGACGCCGCGUUCGCCAACAAGGUCGUCGAGGAGACGCACAAGUUCUGGCUGACGCUGAUCAACAAGGAGAUCGACGGGACGAGCAUUUCUUGCCUCAACACCACGGUGGAGGCCUCCUUACAGGUGGCCGCGGACGCCGCCGAGGAAGUGCUGGCCAAGAGCUCCAGCGGCGGAACUUCCGAGCCGCGCAGCGAUGCCAUCGACAAGUGGCACUACAUCACGCUGAAGUAAAACUUGCUUUCCCGAACUUGAACUAUUUAUCAGCGGUGUCCACGUAUUAUUAAUUAGGAAAGAGCAGAAAAAAUGUUUUGAAAAUGUAGAAAAUUGGGCGUCCGGAUUCCUAGAAGGGACGUUUCCUCGAAUAGACCAUGUCACAGAACCGUAAAAUAACAUGAGCAUUUAAAAUAAAAGCAGUGCACUCGAAUGGAACUAUG